GUUGAGGGCGCUGUAUUGCUUCACCAGUAAUUACAUGAAUUAUGACGGGCUGUCAACAGUACAUCUUUCGCCGGCUACUUCGCCUUGAAAAUAAACCCUUAGUUUCAUUUUAUUCGCCGGGUGAAAAAGUUGUCUCCAUAUCAUCCUGUUUUUUUGGCUGAUGUGGUAUCCAUAGCAACGCAUCCUUGUACAUCCUCGGGGAGACCAGCAUAUUUCUCCCUGUGAUUUCUCUCUUUGCCUGCCUCCGACCCCGCCCAACAUGGCCGCUGUCCUCCGCACCCUCGUCUUGCUUUCGGAGAAGGCAGCCGACCUUGCUCGCAUCAUCCGGUCAGAGAGGGCGCUCUUUGAGCUGCUGGUGGAAGAGAAGACGGGAGAGCAGAAGAACAAGCGUUUUGUGAGGGACUUCAAGACUUUGGGUGACGUCUUGAUACAGGAGAUGAUUCGUCAUGAGAUUGCAAAGAAGUUUCCAAAUCUUGAAGAGUUUGUCUUCGGAGAAGAGAGCAACAAAUUCACCAACACUUUGGGAGAGUCGAUAACGGUCGCCGUCCAACCAACUGAGGAGCAAACGUGUGACCUCCUCACCAAGGUCCUUGAUGGCAAUGUGCACGCUGCGUCCCUAUUGGCUAAGGCCGUCCACCGAGAUGACAUCGCCAUGCCAACUGAUCCGGGAUUGGACGGUGUGAAUACAGAGCUGGAUGUUGAUUCGCUGGGUAUCUGGAUUGACCCAAUUGAUGGGACAGCGCAGUAUAUCAAAGGCUUGAGUGACGAGUUACCGACGGACGGUAUCCAUGAGGAGGGACUACAAUGUGCAAUCAUACUUAUUGGGGCGUUCAACAGGCAGAGCGGGGAACCGGUGAUGGGAGUUAUAAACCAGCCGUUCUGUAAAACUGAUGACAGUAAUCGGUGGCAGGGGCGUCACAUCUGGGGCAUCAGUCACGGCAACCUCCGAGCCAACUCCCUCACCCUGACCCCCAACGACCGUCCAUCCACCCAGGGCCUGUCCGUCAUAAUGAGUCGCAGCGAGAACGACGACAUCAGAGCCACGCUCUCCCAACUCACCUCCGGUAAGAUCCGAUACGCCAGCGGCGCGGGCUACAAAAUCCUCUGCGCGAUCGAGCGUUGCGUGGACGCGUACGUCCUAUCGGUGGGCAGCACGUUCAAAUGGGACACCUGUGGUCCCCACGCGAUACUAAAAUCCAUGGGAGGGGGCGUUAUCGAUCUCAAGUCCGCGCUGCAAGUCUAUCGCGCGCAGCAUAGCGGGGAACCGGGUAGCAGCUCAAAUCCAGCUGGACUGGAUUUGGGACCGGCCGAGCUGCGUUAUCAUCGGCGCGACGCAAGCAGUAGUAACGACCCGGGACAGGAGUGGGCCAAUGCCGGAGGGUUGAUCGCCUAUCGAAGCAAAGAUGCGCUACUGCAAUUCCUACAGGCGCUGUCAACUCAACCAGGCUUGUGAAUCUCAUGGGCGGAGCCAAUGAUGAAGGGGGGGGCAGUAGUUACUUCACUUUACAAGGACUGUGGCCAGACUAAACAUUUCCUGCGAGCUGAAUAUUUGGAGGGGGGUUUCAAAUACGGACUUGGUUAAAUUUGGGAGGGUGAUGAGCCCCAUGCUCCAUAACUAUAUCUUGAUCAUUCUACACCAAAACCUCGUCAUGACUGGAAAAAAAGCUCCUGCAAACCAUUUCGAGUUGAAUGUCCAAACUUGUUUUCCAUUAAUACUUCACAAAGGUAUGCUUUAUAAAUUUUUUUGUUUUAUUUUUAUCCAAAGUUGGCUUGAAAACCCUUUGGUCUGACAUGGGAUUGACCAGUUCAACUGUCACCAAUUUAUGCAUAAAUUAGAGAGGCCACACCCCUAGCCCCGCCCCCUGACCCAUUGGUCUGACAUGGGAUUUGCCAGUUCUACUGUCACCAAUUUAUGCAUAAAUUAGAGAGGCCACACCCUAGCCCCGCCCCCUGACCCAUUGGUCUGACAUGGGAUUCACCAAUUUAUGCAUAAAGUGAAGAGGCCACAUCCCUAGCCCCGCCCCCAAAUCCACCUUGAAAUAACUCUUCCAAGAAAAAAAGGGACGGGAUUCAAUUAAAUUUGUGCACGUUUCACUCACAGAAGAGGACCAAUUCUCCACUUUCAAGUACUUACACAGUACGCCACUGAAUGUAAUACUUCAUACAUUGCAGGUUCAUGUAGUGCUUUCCAUAUUUCAAAAUAUCGAUAUAAGGCCAAAAAAAAAAGUAAUCAGUCUCUGGUCAACGCGCGCGUCGAUUUUAA